AACAACAAAUACAAUAAACAUAUUGCUCAAGAUAAUUUUUGUUUUGAUAAUUAGCAAAAACAAAUAUAUUACAAAAAAUAAUUGCAUCAAUUUGUUAAAGCAGACAUACACUAAAAUCUCUAGAUGUAUAUUGUCAAAAUACAAUUUUGAUAACAUAUGUUUUGUUUGCGUAUAUCAGUGUUAAUGUAUUGACGAGUUAAAUAUAUGUCAUAUAUUUCACGUGUUCAGUUUGCUUACGUGGAAGUAGUUUAGCCAAGAAUCAGUGUAAAAAUUGUGUUAAAUUAAAUUUUUCAUUGGUUAAAUACUUUAUUUGAAAGACAAACUUUGACACUUGAUGAUAGGUUAAUUUGUUUAUGUUAUUGUUGUGUUUAUUGUGACAAUAAAUAUUUAUAAACAUGGAUGAAUAUACAAAAAAAAUACAAAAACAAAAUCCAUUGCUGACUGCAGCUGGUCAAGGUAUUCCAUUUGAUUUUAGUACAAAUACUUUAUUCAUGCCAGUAACACCAGCUGCACCAGAACCAGUUCAUCAUGAACUCCAAGAAGAAAUACAAUUACAAAAAUCAAUUGAAGAAAUUAAAAAUCCAAUUUUAUUACAUCAAUCGAAUUCAGCUACUGAAUUACAACAUCAAUUUGAGCCAAUAAUUGAUUUAACAAAAGAUAAACAUCAACAACAACAUCAACAACAAGGAUAUUUUACUUCAAUAUUAUCUUCAUUGCCAAAUUUAUCACUAUCUGGAAUCAGAGAUCAACCACAACAGCCACCAAGUCAAGCGACUAUUUUUGAUUCACCUCAAACUCAUUCAACAGCAGGAUUAAAUUCAUCAACAAAUUCAACUCCUCCACACUUUUCACCAGUUCAUUUUUCAUCAGGAACUUCAAAUGAUCCAUCAAGACCCAUAGCACCACCAACAGUUGCUUUGCCUCCUCCCUCUGCAGUGCCACCAGUGCCACCAGUCAGUGGUUCAGUAUCAUCUUAUAGACUUGGUAAUCAACGUCGUUUAAAAUAUGCUCUACCUCCUGAUUUAAAAUCAAUACCAACAAAAAAUUCAUUCGAGACAAGUCCAAAACCAGAAUUUAUUAAUUCAACAUAUUCAACAUCGUCAUAUGUUAAAAAUGAUAAUGACAAUAAAUAUAUAGAAAAUAUUGAAAAUGUUCAUUCAACAUUAUCAAGUGAAUUUUCAUCAAAUGAACAAGUAUCUGAACCACAAGAAAUACCAACACGUAAAAUCUACAGAGAUCUUGUUACACCAAACAAUACACCUGCUGAUUAUUUCCUAACGGGAUCUACUUUUGAUACAAAUUAUCAAAGUAAUAGAGAUGAUGCAGAUGCUAUAGCUAAAAUAUUAAAAAAUAAUUCAUCUACAAGUCAAUUUACACCACAAUCAAACACAACGAAUAUUGAUAAUUUUGCAGAUAUAGAUUUAUCUCAAUCAUUUUCACAAUCAACAAUACAAAUAAAACAAAAUCAACAAUCACCAGAAGUUUUAUUUGCUCCAGUAGCAACAACAACAACAUCUCCAAUUGAUUUUUUUUCAUCAAAUACAACAAGUACAAUAACUGAGCCAAGUAUAACAUCAUUUUUUGAUAAUAAAAAUUCAUUAAAAAGUGAUAAUAAUAUUGAUGAGAUAUUCCCAGGCACAAUACAAGUAGAGCAACAACAACAAGAGCCUUCAAAUGUUUCAUUAUAUAAUCCUUUAGAUUAUACAUCAAAGACAUAUAAUCAACAGUGUAAUAUUGAUUCACAAAGUCCAAUUAGUUUUGCAUCAAAUAUACAAUCAUCAUUAGUUAAUGAUGGAAAUAAUAUUAAUAACUGGUCAGCAUCACCUUUGUCAUCAUUUAUGACAAAUGAAAUACCUGAAUCAACUGGUACAGCAACACUUAGUCCAAUUCAAACAUCAAUAAAUCCAUUAACUGUUCGUGCACAAACACAACAACAAGAUACAAUACCACCAAGUUUACACAGCUUAGCUGCUGGUGCUGAUAAAAAAAUGCAAUAUAGACCAGUAUAUCAUCACUGGUUUUACAGUACAGAAGUUGAAAAUAAAAUAUUAUGGCAUCCAUUUUCAAUGUAUGAUAGUUUAAAUCUUGAAGAAGUACAUAAUUCAAGUGAAAUAACAAUUGAUACAAAAGUACCAACUGAUGGUGGACGUUAUGAUGUUGAAAUAUUAAAACGUCAACGUUUACCAGUAUAUUGGUCUGGUAAACCAAGUGAAGUUAAACGUUCAUCAUGGUUUUACAAAGGUCCAACUGGAUCAAAAUAUGUGCCAUAUGAUGAAAAUAUUGCAUCAAGACUUGAAGAAGAAUAUAAACAAGCAUGUUCAACUGAACAUUGGAAUCGUAAAAUUGAAGUUGGUAAUGGUGAAUAUAUCGUUUUUCAUAGUCCAACAAUACAAAUUCAUUAUCUUCAAGCAAAUUCAUCUGAGUUUGUUGGAUCAUGGGGUAAUACAUCUGCUUCAGAAAACAAUGGAUCGUAUUUACAGGGUACUUCAAGUAAGGUCAAAGUAGUCAAGAGAGGUGUCGAUGAAUUUCACAUUGAAGAGGGUGAACCCGAGAAAAUCGAUCAUCUCUUGUUUCUCGUUCAUGGAAUUGGAAGCGUGUGUGAUCUCAAAUUUAGGAGUGUCGAGGAAGUGGUUGAUGAGUUUAGAAGUAUAUCACUUCAACUUGUCCAAUCACACUACAGAACAGCUGGUGAACAAGGUGUGGUAAAUAGAAUUGAAGUAUUACCAAUAUCUUGGCAUACAACAUUACAUUCAGAAGAUACUGGAAUUGAUAAAAAACUCAAAGCAAUAACACUUGAAAGUAUACCAAGAUUACGUCAUUUUACAAAUGAUACAUUACUUGAUGUAUUAUUUUAUACAAGUCCAACAUAUUGUCAAACAAUAAUGCAAACAGUUGGUAAUGAAAUGAAUAGAUUACAUUCAUUAUUUAAAGAAAGAAAUACAAAUUUUAAUGGUAAUAUUUAUCUUGGUGGUCAUUCACUUGGUAGUUUAAUUGUAUUUGAUUUAUUGUGUCAUCAAAAACCACCAGUUGAUGAUAAAAAACAAGAUACAAUUGAAGAAAAUGAAAAUUCAGAUGAUAAUGAUAAUGAUGAUGAUAAUAAUAAUUCUAAUAAUAGUAAUAUUAAUAUUGACAAUACAGUAUCAUCAACAUCAAUAAUAAAACCAAUGCCAAGAUCAAUUGUUAAACGUAAAUUAAGUAGAAAAGUUAGUUAUGUUAUGGGUGCUGCUGGUACUGGACAACCAUUUAUAAUAUAUCCACAUUUAAAUUUUAAUCCAAAAGCAUUUUUUGCUCUUGGUAGUCCAAUUGGAAUGUUUGUAACAGUACGUGGUAUUGAUACACUUGGUGAAGAUUUUCAUUUACCAACAUGUCCAGCAUUUUUUAAUAUAUUUCAUCCAUUUGAUCCAGUUGCAUAUCGUGUUGAAUCACUUGUUAAUCCAGAUGCACAUAAAUAUCGUCCAAUGCUUAUACCACAUCAUAAAGGUAGAAAAAGAAUGCAUCUUGAAUUAAAAGAAACAAUGGCACGUGUUGGUGCUGAUUUAAAACAAAAAUUAUUAGAUUCAGUUAAAAGUACAUGGAAUUCAGUUUAUCAGUUGGCAAUGUUUCAUCGUUCAGAUAAUCAAACACUUGAAAAUGAAAUAAAUAAAGUUGUUGAAGAAGAAAUGGUUAAGCCACCAAAUAUUGCAAAACAAUUACAAAAUAAUGGUGAAAGUGAAGAUGAAAUUUAUGAUAAUGAUUAUGAUAAAGAUAAUAAUAAUUUUAAAGCUGGUAAUUUAAAUGGUGGUAGACGUAUUGAUUAUGUUCUUCAAGAGGCACCAUUUGAAUAUAUUAAUGAAUAUAUAUUUGCAUUGACAAGUCAUGUUUGUUAUUGGGAAUCUGAAGAUACAAUGUUGAUGAUACUCAAAGAAAUAUAUGGCUCAAAUGGAAUUCAGGCUGAUGCACAAUUACCACAACAAACAAUGACAAUUGAACGUCAAUCAUUUCCAUCUCAAUCGACUGCAUUUAUUCCGGCUACUUCUGCAGGAAGUAUUACUACUACAACUGAUGGUGCCACAACUUCUUCUUUGAAUACACCAUUAAUUAAUAAUGAUCCAACAACUCCUAUCAUCAACAAACCAGUUGGUCCACCACCACUUGCUGGCUUUGUUAGACCAAAAAAGGAAGAUUCGUAUCGCGAAUUUCACUAUGGUGCCACAGCACCAGAGGACUAACACUGAAUUAAUCAUAUAUGAUUAACGCUGGCGUUUUAAACUUUACUAUCAUUUUUUUUCUUUUUUUUUUUUUUUUUUAAUACACAAACUAUGUUAAUACACAAAAUAAAAAUAAUAGUAAUAUUAUUAUAUUAAAUUUAAUCAAUUUGUUUAUUAAAAUACAAAAUAAAAUAAAAAUAUAUUUAUAAAUAAUUCUGUUAAUUUUUUUGUGUUAUUCAAAGUUAAAUUUACAAAAUAACGUGGCUGUUUAAAUCGUGUCGAAUAUCAUUGGCUUAUCGUUGUUUUUUUUUUAUUUCUCUUUUCUCAAGAGGGAUGAAUAAAUAUAUAUAAUAUUAAAAUGCAACCAUGCACCAUAAGAAUCUAACUGUAUCACAAAAUUUUAAUUAAUUGCAGUGCAAGCCCACCACAGUGCCUUAGGGCAUUUGCAUUUUGCGUGCAUUGCCUCGUAAAACUACGUUUCUGUCAGCCUUGGCGAAUUUCAAAAUGAUUUAUCACCUUUUAAAAAAUACAUAUAAAUAUAUACUUUAUUAUUAUUAUCAUCAUUGUUAUUUUUAUAUUUUUUUUUUCACCGAUACUUAACAAUAUACAGAAUGGCCCGUCACGACGCCAUCGUCAACGAUUAUACUCUACGACAUUAUAUGCCUUUUUAGCUACUUUCACUAACUUUGUUUUUUAUCUGGCAUAAAAUAUAACUCGAAAUAAAUAAAUAAAUAAAAAACAUUAAAUAUUUCAUAAAAAUAUACAUUUUAUUUAUUUUUUUUAAUACAUUAUUGUUAAAUAUAUUUUUUAAAAAUCAUAUUUCUAUUAAAGCUUUUAAUAUUUCUUGAAAAAAAAAAAUAAAUAAAAUACUCAUACAAUAGUAAUAUAGUUGUUAAAAAAAAACAAUACAUUACUUUUACUAUAUUUUUUGUGCGAGUUUAUACAUAUGUAUACACAUCAAAGACGUUUUUAAAUAAAGCAACUUUAUGUAAGCU